AUGUGGCGAGAGCGACUUGAUGGUGAGCAUUUUGAUCGCAAAGAAAAGAGGCGCCAUAAGGCUGAACGAAGGGAAAGCCAUCAUAAACGAAGAUCCGAAAAGCGCCGUCUCAAAGAACCUCAAGAGGUUGAAAAUUGCUCGAAACGGAGCAAGUUAGAAGAUUGUGUUGAAGCAGAAGUAUGUGAAGCGAUUGCAGGGAAGAAGUCUCAAGAUGCUGAGGAACAAGCGAUUAGCGCACCGCAGACCAACUACACUGCCAAUGUAGAACACCGCAGCAAUCCUGCAUGCAGUAAACAAGACGGACUAUCUUUUUCUUUUGGACGCCAGCAGAAAGCUCAGCUGGGAUUAAUUUCACCCAGCAUGAUGGAUGAAAAAAUGGACUUGGACGAAAAUGAAAUUUUAGCCAUGGAGAAGCAGAUAGCAAAUAUACAAGAAUCCAAACUUGUGCUGGACACAAAAACCACGAUUGAACACGAGAUUUGCCGAGAAUCAGUUCACGCGGCAUGCAAUCUGGAGCGAGAACUGAAUGGUGAGCAGAUCAACAUCACUUUUCUGUUUUAACA